CUGGAUACUCCUCUCAUCAAUGGCGUCUCUAACUCUGGUGAGGUCGUUGAACCCCUACGCUCACUCAUUUUUAUUUUUAUUCCUUGCUUUGAGCCCUCUUAUGUUCCUAGGUGUUGAGGGCCAGACAAGGUGUUAUAUAAGGAAUAGAUGUGUGAAUGGUGAUAUUGCUCCAUCACCAAUUGAAUGCUGUGCGAAGAAGAUACCAGAUAUUCAGAGAAACUGUGGGGACAGAAACAGUGAGAAUUGCAACGUGUAUUUCACUGUAGGAGGUGGAAACUGCACUCCAUGUUUUUAUAUUGGAUUUCAGCACAGCAGGAUUAUAUUAAAUGAAACAGGACUCCAGACUAUACCAAUUUUUGUUUCGUCCUUUGGAAGCAUUCCAUCAUUCUUAAUCACUGCUAACAUACUCUACACUAAUGCUACUGAUAAUGUGGAUUAUACCUUUAUGCAGCAGUAUUUCUACUACCCAAACAGAGAGCCAUUUGAUACUAACAUUGACAUCAAUAUCAGGAACGACAAUGUCGCUUUAGAAACGGUUGAAGAGGUGUUUUUAGGCCUGAUGAUGAACAUUGGGUAUAUAUUUGGUCAACACUACACAACUAUUUAUAUUAAAGACAAUGAUGUUCUAACACUCUCUGUCAGUCCUACAUUCCUUCAAGUUUCAGAAAGUAGUAUAGUUUCGUUUGCUGUCAGUAAAGACAAAGUGACAGCAGUACCAGUAAAUAUCACAGUAACGCCACUAACCUACCAGCAAUACUCUAAUAAAACUGCUACCAAUAACAAUUUGCCUUCACUGAGUAGCAUAACAAAUGCUCCUUCUAAUCCUGCUGAAGAACAAGAUUUUGAUAGUGCCAUUGUACAGUUAAGCCUUGAUACUUCGAUUGGUGCAUUUUCUGUGAGUAUGAAUGAGCUAGUCAAUGAUGAUAACAUUGUUGAAGAUCCCGAAGGACUCAUCUUGUUAAUUGAAUCAACGAAUCCUGAUUCUCGUAUCAGAUUUAACACUCAAAUUGUUGUGAUUCAGAUCAAUAGUGAUGACAGCCUUGUUCUCUCUUUUGAUCAGAGCAGAUUGCAGCUGAGUGAAAACAGUAACUCUGUUUCGUUAAAUAUUAUGCAGCAGACUGGAGUGGUAUCAGAAUUAGAUCUAAGUACUCUUAUCCUUAGUUAUCAAACCAUCCCUUCAUUAAUUGGAGAUGUAGUGUUUUCACCUCCUGGUAAUUUGGUUUUUAACAGAGAAGGGACAAGUCUUAAUAUGACUGCAAUUUAUCACAAGACGAUAUGAGAAAAUCAAAAUUAUGUGAUACACUUUCGACCAGUCAAUAACAGAACCAGUGUUCAAUUUUAUCCGACUAAUACUGUUAACCUGAUACUGACUUCAAACAAAAGUAGGACUUAGUGUACAUAAUCUCAUUAACCUCCAUUACUGCACAUUCAAUACACACAGAGGCUGAAGUAAGGUUUGCUAUGGGUCAAGCUACAUUCUCUGAAGGAGGAGGAAAUCAAUCAAUCACUGUCAUACUAGGAGGAGCAUAAUUAAGUCAAAGUGAAGAUGUUGAAGUAUAUAUUGAUGAUGGAACUACAAAUAGAACAUCACUUGGUUUUGUGACAUUUGAUACUGGUGCUGUACUACGGAAUAGGACUGUUGUUUUUCCAGUAGUUGAUAAUGACAUUGCACUGGAACCUGAUAAACUUUAUCUAUUAAGAUUGAGGAACAUUGGUAAUAUAGGUUUGGGUAAUCCAGGAACAAUGAAUGUGACUAUAGAGGAUGAUGAUGGUGCCUUUCUAUCAUUGGAGAGGAGAUUAUAUGCUGUGACAGAAGAUGUCAAAAGUAUUGGAAUUUGUGUCACUUUAACCAGAGGAGUCAUAUCCAGUCCUUUAUAUAUUUUCAUCAUUGACGUAGGAGGAACUGCAACAUACCCAGUUGACUACCUUUUCUAUGAUAUUCGCUUGCAAAUGCCUCCAUAUCAAAACAGCACUUGUGCUACACUCUACAUUGUGGAUGACGAUACUAAGGAGAGGAGAUAUGAGGAGUUCUAUAUGUAUAUUUUCAGAGUAUUUCCUCGGCAUAAGAACUUGUUGGUGAACAACUCUUGGUCAACUGUUAGGAUACAAGAUGAUGAUAUUUCCAUCACAUAAUUUAUUUUGUUUAAUUUUGAUAGUCCCAUUUAUAACUGGAUAUUAUUAAUAAACGCAUAAUUAUAAAACCACAAUAUUAGAGG